AUGGAAAUCACUGAUUCCCCAGAAGCGGCAGCUUCAGAAAAGGAGCAACAAGAAGUUAUGACAAAAUUUAAAGAAGAGGUCCAACUCGUCAAUGGAAAAAUUCAUAUAGCGGGCGCAAUUCUCGCAGCCGGUUGGUACAUUAUGAUGACGUCGAUGUUCACUGUAACACUAUAUCGUUUCAUUGUCAUUCUUUUCCCAACGAUCAGCCAAAUUGUCACAACGAAUCGAGCAUUUAUUGUUGUAUUAGCCGGAAAUUUGUCUAUUUUUGUGAUCGUUCUCUUUGUGCAUCUUAUCGGAUGGAAUGCUCAAUACUUGACCGAAUUCGGUUGGGUUUACGCGGACGGUCUCCCAUUGACCGAUCUCUUCAAUGAUUUCGAUAAUUACGGAACACCCGCGUUGACAGUGAUUUGCCUCUUCAUGUACAUUGCCAUUUUCACGUUUUUGAUGAAAAAUAAGAAAAUCAAUCGUCAAAAUGAUAUUCGAUGGGCUUUACAGACGUUUUGUUUCUGUCUUUACACAAUAUUCGUCUCCGUUGAGUGGACGUGGAUCUAUGAUUUAGUGCCUGAAACAUACACUAAUCUCUUUCUUGAGAAUUUCCUUUGGCCUUUAUGGAAUGGAGCCAAUGUGGUCUUCUUUUUUACCUUUCAAAAAAAUGUUAUCUGGGGCGACAAACGCGUGAUCGCCAUGAUACCAGUGGCCGGUCCGAUUCCCCCUUCUCGAAGAAAUUCUUGUCGUCCUCCAGAUCCCAAAGAUACCCAGGGAACAAGAUUAUCCUUU